GGCGGGGCCGCGCGCGAGCCGGCGGCGCCAUGGCGGGGCCUGAGGGGGCGGCGAGUGAUGCAGGAGCCACCUGUUCUGCGUGAAGGACCAGAAGAAUAGACCACUUGAUAAAGAGAAGAARUAAAACAUCCCAUCAAAUGGAAGCCAUGAAGAUAUCAAAGCGGUUCUUCGCUUUUGGGAUUUUGACAUGCAUUGCUGUUUAUGUUGCUUACAUAAAAUGGCACUUGGGCUCCAAAGCGUUUGUGGGAACCACGGAAGGAGUUGCUGAAAGCAGGGGAGAUAAACUGACCCAUCAGGCACUGACCACAGAUCUCUCAGUCUUUUAUGGAAUUAUGUUUGAUGCAGGAAGCACGGGAACUCGMAUCCAUAUAUUUAAAUUUGCACAGCAGCCAAGAGAGACUCCCAGAUUAACCCAUGAGACGUUCAAAGCACUGAAACCGGGUCUGUCUGCAUAUGCUGAUGAUGUUGAAAAGAGUGGCCAGGGAAUAAAAGAGCUCCUGGAGGUGGCGAAGAAGGAAGUUCCUAUGGARCUGUGGAAGUUUACUCCUCUGGUCCUGAAAGCCACAGCUGGCCUACGGUUGCUGCCAGGAGAGAAGGCUCAGAAGUUGCUGGAAAAGGUGAAGGAGAUUUUUCAGGCGUCCCCCUUCUUUGUGAGGGAGAACUGUGUGUCCAUAAUGAAUGGAACUGAUGAAGGUAUUUCUGCCUGGAUCACAAUAAAUUUUUUAACAGGCAGGCUAAAUGAUCCACAGAAGAGAAGUGUAGGGAUGCUGGAUUUGGGUGGUGGAUCAACACAGAUCACCUUCCUUCCGCGCACCGAGGCAACUCUGCAGACAUCGCCAUCUGGCCACACAACUUCAUUUCAGAUGUUUAACCACACCUACAAGCUAUAUUCCUACAGUUACCUGGGACUUGGGCUGAUGUCAGCAAGGCUCGCCAUUUUGGGAGGAGUUGAGGGAAAACCCUUAGGAGAAGGGGAGGAAUUGAUCAGCCCUUGUUUACCACCUGGCUUCAAAUCCGAUUGGCAGCAUGCCGAGAUAGUGUACAAAAUUAAAGGACAGAAGGCAGGUGAGCCUCUGUAUGAGUCUUGUUCUAACAAAGUGGCAAAGAUGCUCUACAAAAAAGUGCACAGAGCUGAGGAAGUGAAGGACUUGGACUUCUACAUUUUCUCCUACUACUAUGACUGUGCAGCAGAAGCUGGUCUCAUAGAUAAAGAAAAAGGAGGAAGCUUAACUGUCAGUGACUUUGAAAUUGCAGCUAAAUAUGUUUGUAAGACCAUGGAAAUCAGCCCUGGAAACAGCCCUUUYCUCUGCAUGGACCUCACUUACAUCACCUUCCUACUGCAGGAACUGGGCUUCCCRAAGAGCCAAGGCUUUAAGCUUGCCCGUAAAAUUGACAAUGUUGAAACGAGCUGGGCGUUGGGAGCCACUUUCCAUUACAUCGACUCACUCAACAGACUGCASUUCUAAAGCUCCUAGAAGGUGACUUUUGGGAAUUUCCAUUUUUUUGGAAGCCCAGCAUGGGAGACCCUGUUGAAGGGUGUGCUUUUGGCUUCCAGAGUUUUUGGAAGGUCAUCAUGAACUACACUCCUUUUCCUCCCACCCCUGCCAAGUCYCCUCCAUCGUUAGCUCUUUUUUACUGUGCAGAGUGUAAAGAAAAAGCUUUGAUUUGACAGUUUGUGCAGUCAGCUUAACAUAAAACUUKAUCAUUUUGGAAGGAAAACCAGGACUCUGCAGGACAUCUAUGAUCUCUAUGAGAAAAACACCUUUUUUUGGAWUAURCCUGAACUAUGUGCUUGCARUGUGCUGAAGYYGCUGAACGGUCACUCCAGAAGGAACUCUUUACUGUCCUGAUUUCAGGGUGUUUUUUUUUCCUGUUUGUCAGCAGUUUUCAGUGAUGAUUUUUAUUUUACUGCUUCUGUGUUCGAAGGUGAACUUGUGUGUGUGCAAAAAUGGUGCAUUUACACUGAUUCAGCUGCUGACAGGCUGCAGAUUUGAAAURCAGUAUGGAAGUCACAGCUCUGUUUUCCACUUGCUGAAGGAGAAGAGCUCAGUAGGACUCUAGAAACUGGAUACAGAUUUGGAGGCAUGAGUUGGAGCCUGUGUGCCCUGUAGGGUUAAAGCCUAAUGUUGAUUCCCUGGCYGUUGGGAGGUGAAUGGUGGAAGACACCAUCAGAUUUGCUAGAUGAGCAAGGCYCAGGAGCUGGUACAAGGAUCAUGAUAGAUUUGACAGUUCUAGAGCUGGUCAGAGGAAGAUGGAUGAACAAGAUGCAGCCACAAAAAUAAACCCUGARCAUGGCUCGUUGGACAUUGCAGACUUUUGUGCCUUGGCAAGGUUGAUGCAGGGCUGGGGAUAAAUGUCUCUGCAUGGUAUUUUGGGCAUCUGUUCCUGCUAAAUGAAUGUAUCGUGGUUGCAGUGAGCCAGGGCGGGGUAGCUGAGGUGCUCUGCUCCAACAGUGCCUGGUWCGCAGGCACGGAGCUAUCACAGGGGCUGGAGGCAAUAUGCUGUGCUAUUUGUAAUCUAACUGUGGAAUUGUGAUGUAUUUGAUGAAUGUAUAGAGAAGACCCGAGUGGUCUUUUCGGGGUGCAAAGAGCGCAGGUUCUCCAAGAGCCAGCAGUGCCUGCCCUGACUCGUGGGCUCGGGGCAGCACUACAUGACUUGGCGGUGUGCUGUGUGCAUGGCUGCUGGCUCUGUGUACCGGCGACACGUGAACCGCGCUGUGCCGACAAUAAACCCCCAAUUUAAAAUCGGAACGUGGUGGUGGGGUGGCUUUUAGCGCACAGCGGGUGU